AUGGCUGAUAUGCUCAUCGACUUGGCCAUGUCGCCGCUGGCGACGGUCAAGACCCUAAUGAUGCUUGGCUACGAGCCCCGUGAGGAGUACAUGUCCAAGAGCCUUUUCAAAGGGACCGGCUGGCGCCGCGCGGGUGCUGUCACCUUUGGGCGGGAGCUGUACCGGCAGCACGGUAUCCUUUCCCUUGCUGGCUCCUGGCCGAUCUCCUUCUUCGAGGCCAAGUCCAAGCAAUACGUGACCCAGCGUGUGCAGGCGUACCUGCGCGGUGCAGUGCAGCGUGCGUUCCCUUCCGUGGAAGAGGACACCGUGCUCGGCCGCUUGACAUUUGGUUGCGUCGAGGUUGUCUCCAACUGCGUCGGCAGCAUCGUCGUUCACCCGCUCAAAGUGCUUUCCAUCCACACGAUGGCCUCCAUCGUCGAGACGGACGGCCCCGCCAAGUUCCAGCCCAUCACCAUCGCCUCCAACAUCUACAAUACCACCGGCAUCGAAGGAUUCUACAGGGGUCUGACGGCACAGCUCAUUUUCGACUGCGUGAAGGUCAUCUCUGUGCGCGCGUGCGAGGCGUUCCUCAGCGCCACUGGCAUCAUCGAUACCAUCAAGGCGAGCGUGCUGCCUGAGGACGGUGCUGGUGCGCCGGAGCAAGAGGCACAGAACGUCUUCCUCAGCAUUCUCCCGGGACUCAUGGCCACCAGCCUGGCUGCGUACCUGUACCAUCCAUGGGACGUCAUCUCACGCAUGAUGUGCAUUUCCGGAUCAAACCUGCGUCUGGCGAAUGCGCCGUUCCAGCGCGACUUUUCUUCGUUCCGCGACUGCUACCGCUUCCGGGACAACAGCUAUCUGAGCACGCGCGGUCUGUUCCGCGGCGCGUCCAUCGCCGCCCGAUUCUACAAGACCCCGCUCCCCAUCCUCAAGUAG